AUGGCUCGUGCUCUCCGCGGCGUUGUUGAGCUUUUCAGAAUGGUCGGACGUCAGGACGAGUUGCAUCGGAGGGCUCUCGGCGUUUCCAUCAUUCACAACCACCGUGAAGUAGAGACAUACGUGAAUUUUGCUCGGAUCGAGAACGGAAAAGCAACGUAUCACUAUGAGCUGCUCGAGGGUUUCAGUUUUACAUGGGAUAACGGGAGCAGCCGAUGGAGAUCGUAUAAAUUCGUGAUGGCUUUUUAUAAGAAUUGGGUCCCGCUGCAUCUGGAACGACUGCGUUCGGCAGUUGACGACCUUCCAGUGGUUAACUUCGAUGUGUCCACCCAGUCGCCGAUUCAAUCUGAGCCGUGGAGUCGACCAGAUGCUUCAGGGAGAGGAGGUUUCUCAUCAGAAGACAGUGUCCCGACCUUCCAGAGAUUGCGCUGGUCGUCGUCUUGGGCAAUGUUUCGGUGA